AAUUUUUUAGAUUUGGGGUGAAAUAUUCCCUGUUCAUUGAUACAACUGCCUGCAUUUCACAAUGCAUCAGCGGCGAAUUUAAUAAAUAAAUGCAGAUUCAUAGGUUCUCCCCAUCUUCCACUUUGAUUAUUAAGAGGCCUCUUUAUCUAUGGAAUCUGACGAUUAGAAUCUCUGUCAAUGGCGGGUUCUUCACCGAUCUUGAAACCUACUCGUUCAUGCGCCACUCUGGAAUUCAUGGCAACAAUUUCACCUUUCCUCUCCUCCUCAAGGCUUGCUCCAAUCUUGCUUCGAUCGGCGAUGGCACAAUGCUUCACGCUCACCUCAUCCGUGUCCGGUUCGAAUCAGACAUCUUUGUCCAAACCUCGCUCGUCGACAUGUGCUCCAAGUGCUCUGACUUGGCUUCUUCACGCCAAAUGUUCGACGAAAUGUCUACAAGAAGUGUCAUCUCUUGGAAUUCUAUGAUUGCCGCUUAUUCUCGUGAUUUUGGGGUUAAUGAAGCGUUAAAGCUAUUCAGAGAGAUGUUGGGGGUUGGGUUUGAGGCAAAUUCCUCGACGUUUGUAAGCUUAUUAUCAGGUUUUGCUGACCCAACUCAUGGAUCUCUCUUUCAGGGUCGUUCGGUACAUGGUUGCAUAACCAAGUUUCAACUUCUUGAUGACACGCCUGUGGCAAAUUCUCUUAUGCAAAUGUAUGUAAACUUUGGUCAAAUUGAUUCUGCUUGCUCUGUUUUUUAUACCAUUAGCGACAAGACAGUUAUUUCUUGGACAAUAAUGCUUGGUGGUUACUUGAGAGCUGGGGCUGUUGCCAAAGUAUUCGAAAUCUUUAAUCAAAUGAGGAAAAAUAAUGUUGUAUUGGAUAAAGUCGUUUUUGUAGACAUAAUUUCCUCUUGUGUACAACUUGGAAACUUGUUUUUAGCUUCUUCACUUCAUUCACUCCUCUUGAAAACUGGGCUCAAUAAUGAGGAUCCUAUUGGCUGUUUGCUUAUUAGCAUGUAUUUAAAACGUGGAGACCUCUUGUCUGCUCGAGUAGUAUUUGAUUUGUUAACUGAAAAAAGCAUCUAUUCAUGGACAUCAAUGAUUAGUGGAUAUGCCAAUGCUGGGUAUCCCAGAGAAGCAUUACGUUUUUUUACAAUGGCAACACAGAAUAAUGUUAGACCAAAUGGAGCAAUGCUAGCUACUGCAGUUUCUGCUUGUGCUGAUUUAGGAUCAUUAAACAUGUGUAGGGAGAUUGAGGCAUUUAUACCGCUGAACGAUUUAGCAUCCGAUUAUCAAGUUUCAACAUCGUUGAUACAUUUGUAUUGCAAAUGUGGAAGUAUUGAGAAGGCCGAAAUUUUUUUUAAUAGUAUGAUACACAGAGACUUGGCAGCUUGGAGUUCCAUGAUGAACGGUUACGCCAUGCAUUGUAUGGGAGAAGAGGCAAUAAAUCUGUUUCAUAAGAUGCAAAGAUCAGGAAUGAAACCAGAUGCUUCUGUUUAUGCAAGCAUUUUAUUGGCUUGCAGUCAUUCAGGUCUUGUGGAAGAUGGACUGAAGCAUUUCAAGAACAUGCAAUUGGAUUUUGGAAUAGUACCUACCGUGGUACAUUAUACUUGUUUGGUAGAUAUUCUAAGCCGAACUGGUCGUCUAGAAUUGGCUUUGAACACAAUUCAAGAGAUGCCUACCCAAUUUCAAGCUCAAGCUUGGGCUCCUUUUCUCAGUGCUUGCAGAACUUAUUGUGAUGUUGGACUUGGAGAAGUUGCAAAUAGAAGUAUAUUAUGUUCAAAUCCAAGGAACCCAGUAAAUCAUGUUUUGAUGGCUAAUUUAUAUACAUCUAUGGAUAAGUGGAAAGAAGCAGCUAUGGUGAGAAGUUUGAUUGGUGAUAAAGGUUUGUUCAAAGAACCAGGAUGCAGCCAGCUUUAAAUCAAUGGCUCUAUCCAUAUCAUAAUUUGAGAACGCCAUUAUUGCUCCAUUGAUAUAUACAAGUAAAUGAACCAAUCUUCGAAAAUCUUGUAAACUGAUGUGGAAAAUGACAAGGGGUGGCUUGCCAAUGAAGGGAACAAAUAAGUUUGGAUGGUGGCGUCUUCGAAAAGCUUCAAUAUUUAUACAAGAGGUCGGCUCUCGCCUCACAAACCAUCUUACCAUGCAAUCAGGUGCUGCUUUGUGGAUCAUGAAGAACCUGCAAGGCUAUCAUGCUAUUGUUUCAAUAUUUGAAUAUAAGAUGAAUUCUAUCAUGUUUUGAUAUUUGAACAUAAGUCAGAGUCGGGCAUCUUUUAGGGAAAGAUGAUAGUCAACCACUUUCACCAAUUGAUUCUAGUUCUUCCUUGUGAUAAAGCAGAAGGAUUUGAUUGCUUGAUGAAUCAGGAAGCUUAAAGUUACACCUGGCCAAUCUGUGUUCAUUUUUUGUUGUUGGUAAAAAGGGAGAUUGUUCCUUGUACCUCUACAAAGACUGCUUAGAAUUUUCAAAUAUUUAAGAAACAGGGGAUUCUCGUAUGGUCCUAGUUUCUAUGAACUGAAAAUUCUUACCUGGGCUUCCUUGCAAGUACGGUUUUCUGUUCAUGUGAGGACUUCUUCUGAAACUAAUUAUAGAAGAAAAGAAGAGGUCUAAUAAUGCUGGAGACGAAGAAAGGCAAAUUUUUCUCAUUGAACUUCAAAUAUGGAAAAUUUCUACUGCUUUGUCAUUCUCUAAUAAAGGGACUUCCAUUUCAUUUUCGUCUGAUGUCUUUUCUGUAGCUGGAGCUGGAUUGGCAAUACUUGAUGAAGGCUUUGAUACAUUUAACAAGUCAAUGUGUGG